UCGAUACGUCACAUAACGUUCGAUUCAUUAAGAGCCUUAGUGGCUAGAUGUGAGGGUUGUGCGCGAGCUACUGAUUGAAGUUUUAAUGCUAUAUAAACGGACUGCUUGUUUUUAUGUGCACGUUUACAGCGUUUGUUUUAUUUUAGGUAAUUUUAUUAAUGACAAAAGCACUUGACUGCUUAGCUAUGUAGCUAGGUACGGUUGACUUUUUACAGGUCGGCAGCCAGGACCCAGGACGCGUCACUGAUGAACCUUAACUAAACUAGCUAACUUAAUCCGAAAGUAGAGCAUUGAACACCUUUAUUGUGUCGGAGAUAUUGGCGAUUAGUGACAGCUCCCUCUGAAAUUAUCCAGAGUACUUUCUGAAGUGAGACGUGUCCAGAGGCAGGUUCCGAUAUGACAGAGCGGAAUCCUCUUCUCAACUACCGUCUCUCCACCAGCGUCAAUGAAUCCGAGCUGCGGUCCCCGUCGAGCGUCCAGGCCCCGGAACAGCGCCCGGGAAGCCCAAGGCAGAGGUGUGCUCAUCAACGGCAACCGAAGAAACUCUCCACAUUCUUCGGCGUGGUGAUCCCCACUUUGCUGUCAAUGUUCGGCGUGGUAGUCUUUCUCAGAAUCGGGUUUAUAGUGGGACAGUCUGGAUUGUACCAAAGUAUCGCCAUGUUCCUGGUGGCCUACUUCAUCAUCUCUAUGACCGUGCUGUCAGUCUGUGCCAUCUCCACCAAUGGCGCCCUGGAUGCUGGGGGAGCCUACUACAUGAUCAGCCGAGCGCUGGGUCCAGAGUUUGGUGGCAGCAUCGGCAUCAUGUUCUUCCUGGCUAAUGUGUGCGGCAGCGCUCUGUAUGUGCUGGGUCUGGUUGAGGCCAUCGUGGCCACCUUCGGAGUGCCAGAAGAUGGGACUCCGGGCACCCUUUACCAGGUCCUGCCGUCAGGCUACUGGUGGUCGCUGCUUUAUGCCACCGCUAUCGCCCUGCUCUGCCUGCUUGUGUGCCUGGUUGGAGCCCACAUCUACGCCAAAACCACCUUCAUCAUCUUCCUUGUGGUUAUGUUUGUCCUCAUUACUAUCUUCAUCAGCUUCUUUGCUGUUGGGCCUCACAGCAUCACCCUUCCCAGCUCUGCUGCACUCAGAAAUGGAACACCCACCACAGCCAACUUUACUGGCUUCAAGUUGAACACGCUGAAGGGGAACCUGGAGGCAAACUACACUGUGGAUUAUACAACAGGAAAGAUAAUGACCUUUGCCACCGUAUUUGCUGUGAUGUUUAACGGCUGCACCGGCAUCAUGGCUGGUUCUAACAUGUCAGGUGAUCUGAAACAUCCCAGCUACUCCAUCCCCCGUGGCACCAUCACAGCUGUCAUCUUCACCUUCAUCAUCUACAACGUGCUCAGUGUUUUGGUGGCCUGCUCCUGUGACCGUGUCCUGCUUCAGAGGGAUUACAGUUUCCUGAGGGACAUUAACGUCUGGAACCCCCUCGUCACCAUCGGGGUAUAUUCCUCUACACUCUCCGCCGCUAUGAGCAAUCUCAUUGGAGCUUCACGCAUCCUCUACGCUCUGGCAAGGGACGACUUGUUUGGUAAGGUGCUGUCUCCGGCUAAGAAGACGUCCUACAGUGGUAACCCCUGGGUCUCCGUGCUCAUCUCCUGGUUUCUUGUGCAGCUGGUGCUGUUUUCAGGGAAACUCAACACCAUUGCCAGCAUUGUGACCAUUUUCUUCCUGCUGGUGUAUGCUGCCGUGGACUUGGCCUGCCUCGCUCUGGAAUGGGCUUCCGCACCUAAUUUCAGGCCCACCUUUCGUUACUUCACCUGGCAUACGUGUGUGUUGGGCAUCGUGGGUUGUGUCAUCAUGAUGUUCCUGAUCAACGCCAUCUACGCCUCGGCCAGCAUCGCAUUCAUGCUACUGCUGCUUCUGCUGAUUCACUAUCUCAGUCCCACUUCCAGCUGGGGCUACAUCAGCCAGGCUCUCAUUUUUCACCAGGUGCGCAAGUAUCUGCUGAUGCUGGAUGUGAGGAAGGACCACGUCAAGUUCUGGAGGCCUCAGGUCUUGCUGAUGGUUUCCAACCCUCGCAGCAGCGUGGGCCUCAUCACCUUCAUUAAUGACAUCAAGAAGAGUGGCCUCUAUGUGCUGGGCCACGUCCAGCUAGGAGAUCUCAACAAAUUACCAUCUGACCCUCUGCAGUCCCAGUAUGAAUCCUGGCUAUCCCUGGUCGACCAUCUGAACAUCAAAGCCUUUGUCAACCUGACGUUGGCAGAUUCUGUGCGUCACGGGGUCCAGCAUCUCCUCUUCAUCUCUGGACUAGGUGGGAUGCGUCCAAACACUCUCAUCCUCGGUUUUUAUGAUGACUGUCUUCCAAGGGACAAGCUGAUUGAUCCUUCCCUGUCUACCAGUCAGUCCACAGAUCUCUUGGGUUUUUCUCAGGAUCUUGAGCAACCACCUCCUCUCUUCCAUUUUGCUUCCUUGCGGGGAUCCAGUGACCGAGAGGAUUAUGGGAAAUUUGAUGAUGGGAAGGUUCUGGGUUCCCAGGAGUAUGUGGCUAUCAUUGCCGACGCCAUAAAGAUGCUUAAGAAUGUGGUACUGGCUCGCUACUUCGACACCUUUGACCGAGCCCAGGUCCUCUCACCGCCCUUGCUGGGUGCCGUGUAUAUUGAUGUCUGGCCGGUCAACCUCUUGCGUCCGGACAGCAGUAGCUAUGUCGAUACAUGCUCUCUCUUUCUGCUACAGCUAGCAUGUAUCCUGAACAUGGUCCGAGCCUGGCGAAAAACUACUGUGCGUCUCUUCCUGUGUGUGGAAGCAGGACGUAGCGUGAGAGGUGUACAGGAGAAGUUGGGACAGCUGUUGAAAGAUCUUAGAAUUAAAGCUCAAGUCUACCCCGUGCCCUGGGACCAGCAGGUGGCGCUACACUGGCAGCGUCAAGGUGGGUCCAGCAUGAAACCGUCAUCACAGUCCCCCGAUAGCACUAAUGAUGAGGAGAAUGAGAACGAAGAUGAUUUUGUUAACAGCUUUCCGUGCAAUGCCACGCGCCUGUCUGAUGACUACCUGUCAGCCGUCAACAAGCUGAUCUUAGACCAGACCUGGCCUCUGCCAGCCGUGCGUUUCCUAUACUUGCCUCGCCCUCCAGCUGACACCCAGAGUUACACCACCUACUUACACCAGCUAGAGCUGCUGACCCAGGACUUGGGCCCCACACUGCUCAUCCACGGUGUCACACCUGUCAUCACCACUGACCUUUGAACAGUCUCCUAACACUUUCAGUGCCUUACAUGCAGAAACAGACCUUGAAAUUUGAUGCAGACUGAGGUCACUGCUGGUUUAUGGACACUGCCUCGUACAAUAUGGACCAACUUGGAACAAAAUCUCUAGAGACAAUAUAAGAUUCACCUUAUCCAACUUGGUGUCACAGAAAAUCCUUCUUAGCCCUUGUUAUCUAUGUUCUCAACUUUCAGUUUUGCUUUUCUUCAACAAGUACCUGAAGGCACCAUUAUGUUAAAUUGUUAGGCGGAUUUUUUUUUUGUAUUUCAAGAAUCAAACAAUCCAUCUGUCAUCAAAUGUACCAAAGUUAGCAGGAGAAAAACAGUGCCUUAUCAGGUGAAUGUAGAACCUGUGGAGCCAGCUAGCCAAUCAAAAACAGAAUAAAGAGCAUGUGAUGUUCUUUUUAACACAUUUAAACCAAUGUGAUAACACUCAGAUGAGUCCAUGGGUCAACCGUUCCACAGGGGAACCCUCGCUCAGAUUACCAGUCAACCCUGUCACUUUAUUCUUCAUUACUACCUGCAACAGAGAGAGCAGCCUGAUUCCAGAUACAUUCUAUGCACGGUAUCGUCUGACUCCCAUUCUCCUAUUUCUGAAAUGGUUUUUAAUGUGCUGCUGCUCACAUUCCUCAUAAUGAUCAUUCCAGAUGUCAUUAGAUUAAAAAGUGCCUAGCUAGUUAGGGAGCUGAAGUUUGGACUCAGUCCAUCAUGCAGUAAUACUACAGUCUGAUUUUCCAUUUUCAGAGCUUAGAACAAAGGAGACGGUUGAACAGUAAUAGUGAUGGUGCUAUUAUGGAAGACGUUCUCUUCUAAAGAUCACUUCAUGUGGGAUCUCAGGAAGACAUUCCAGUCCUUUGCAAAGUGCACUUUUUAUCCUUCCUUGGCCAAACUGUAUGUUGUGUAGCUUUCCAGAAUUGUGUUAAGAUGUUUACAGGACUGUAACAACUGUGAUUAUACAUGAUUUGUUAUUGUCCUUAUGUGUUCUAGGUGCUCUGUAACAUUUAGAAUUCUUUUUACUCACUGGUGACCACGUUGUUUGACCAGCCUCAAUGCUGAAGUGAAUAAAUGAAAUUUAAUAUCUGGUCACCCCCUUUCACCUAAUGUUUGUAGCAUUUAGUGAACCUAUGCAACUUUUGCAGAACUGUGGCUACAAGGGGACAACGUACCUGCAUUUAGUCUGAAAAGUCAGAACUGUGCAGCUACAGUGUAUCUACAGAAAGUUGCCAACGUUGGCCUCAGUAAGAUCAUUUGAGGCUGUAUCAACAAAAUCACAUUUUGCUACUCAUAAAUUCAAUUUGUCAUUUGUAAGAAGAAGAAUAUUGUUUUUCUUUUUGCCAAAAGUUGCAUAGUCUCACUUCAAGCUGCAUUAUCACAGUGAGUACACUAACAUACUGUGUCUGUAUCCUCUAAGAUAAAUUUAAGUUGCAGGUUUAUUAAAAAAAAAAAUAGGCUAAAGGGUUGUGAUCCUUGAAAUUUGAGUCUGAAGUCACUACAAAUAAAAUAUAUUCUUUCACAGUCUUUGUCACACUGCCUUUGACACGGACGGGUCAUUUGGAUGAUCCUCGACCAGCCGUUCACACUGCAUCUCCAAACGUUUGUCUCAGAUUUCUGUUCCUGAAAUUAGAGAAGCACAAAGAAUAUAGCAGAACAUCAUCGAUUGAAGCAGUGAAAUGUAU